ACUCUAAGUGCCAGUAUAUGUGUAUGUCCCAGCAGUUAUAUUAGCGCUGAUCUCUCUUUACUUUGUUCACCCAUCAUGAACACUCUCCCAGCAUAUUCAGGAGCCCGGAUAUCAGGCUGCUGGGCUCUUAGGUCGGAUGGCAGUGGGAGUGGGGAAGGCUCUCUGGACAGGCUCCUCCCCUCAGUCAACACCACCCUGUCAUCGCGAAAACGAACCACCAGCCAGUGUAAAUCAGAACCUCCACUGCUGAGGACCAGUAAGAGGACCAUCUACACAGCCGGACGCCCACCAUGGUACAAUGAACACGGGACCCAGUCCAAAGAAGCUUUUGUUAUUGGUCUUUGCGGUGGCAGUGCCUCAGGCAAAACGACUGUCGCCCGCAAGAUUAUCGAAGCUUUAGAUGUUCCUUGGGUUGUUCUUCUAUCCAUGGAUUCCUUUUACAAGGUCCUGACAGCCGAACAGCAGCUCCUGGCCGCUAAUAAUGAUUACAACUUUGACCAUCCAGAUGCCUUUGAUUUCAGCCUCCUGGUGCACACACUCCGCAAGCUCAAACAAGGCAAAAGUGUGAAGAUCCCAGUGUAUGACUUCACUACACAUGGACGACAGAAAGAAUGGAAAACAGUCUAUGGAGCCAGUGUCAUUAUAUUUGAGGGAAUCAUGUCCUUUGCUGAUAAUGAGCUGCUGAAGCUGUUGGACAUGAAAAUCUUUGUGGACACUGAUUCUGAUAUCCGGCUGGUACGGAGACUCAGAAGGGACAUCACAGAGCGAGGCCGGGACAUUGAGGGAGUGAUCAAACAGUACAACAAGUUUGUGAAGCCAGCUUUUGAGCAGUACAUUGAGCCCACCAUGAGACUGGCAGAUAUUGUGGUGCCUCGUGGUGGCGGCAACAUGGUGGCCAUUGAUCUCAUAGUGCAGCAUGUACACAGUCAGCUGGAGGAGAGAAAACUCCGCUGGGAUAUGGCGGCACUAGCGUCUGCCCAUCAGGCUCAGCCCCUCCCACAGACCCUCAGUGUUCUGGAGAGCACGCCACAGGUCCGAGGCAUGCACACCAUCAUCAGGGAUAAAGAGACCAGUCGAGAUGAGUUCAUCUUCUACUCCAAGAGGUUAAUGCGGCUGCUCAUCGAGAGAGCGCUCUCCUUCCUUCCGUCUCAGGUCCAUUUUGUUCAGACCCCACAAGGAGAGGAUUACGAGGGCAGAACCUUCCAUGGGAAGAGGAUUACGGGUGUGUCAAUUCUCAGGGCGGGAGAAACCAUGGAGCCCGCGCUCAGGGCUGUGUGCAAAGAUGUCCGCAUUGGCAAAAUUCUCAUCCAGACCAAUCAGGACACAGGAGAGCCUGAGCUGCAUUAUUUGCGUCUGCCCAAAGACAUCAGUGAGGAUCAUGUGAUUCUGAUGGACUGCACUGUGUCCACUGGGGCGGCAGCCAUGAUGGCCAUCAGAGUUUUACUGGAUCAUGACGUUCAGGAGGGUAAGAUCCUGCUGGUGUCUCUACUCAUGGCCGAGAUGGGUGUGCAUUCAGUGGCCUAUGCUUUCCCUCAGGUCAAAAUCAUCACCACUGCUGUCGACAAGAAGGUCAACGACCUCUUUCACAUCAUCCCUGGCAUAGGAAAUUUUGGAGAUCGUUAUUUUGGCACGGAUGCACCUCCAGACUGGAGUGAUGAUGAUAUGGAUGAGCCCAGCUACUGAGACCUCUUCUGUACACUCCUAUCACCUGCUGUCACUCACCUGGGCUUAAUAAAACACAGCAAAGACUAUAAGACCACAUCUUAUCAGCAAGGACUUUAUGGUGCCCUGUCUGAUAAUUAGUAGACAUGCCUGAUAUUUGUACAUACACUUUUUAAAUAUUUUUUAUACUUUGCGCUCCCUGAAAUGUUCUACGGAAAUGUUUUUGUGUGAUAUUUAUGAAGGUUUUAUUAUAUUUCGUUUUAGUUGUUUUAAGUGGGUUAUUUAAUGUUUUAUAAAACUUUCUACAAUAUAUUGUUUGAUUGUAAAGCACAUGCAGUUCAUUAGUUGCCAUAAGUGUUUGCUGCCAAUUUUAGAAUCUGCAUUUAAGCAUUUAGUCAGUGACACAUUACUGGUUGUCAUGGCAUACUGCGUAUCACAUCCUUAUUAAAUUUUUUUUUCUUGGUUGUUUCUUGCAGCAGUCAACCUUUCUGAGAGCAAAAUAAGUCUCAGAGCGUUGCCUUGCUACACACAGACUGUGAGUUUCUUUGAAGGACCACUUCAUCGGAAAAAAUGUGUGGGCGUUGCUUUGUUUUAUUCUUUGCUUUCUCUCUUGUUUCACCUGCAGAUGGCUGCUGACCAAACCACAGGCUGUUACACAGACAAUUACACUUUCAACAAAGAGUCCUCAGUCAUGUACAGCCACUUGGGUUAUUUGGUUUAAAAGCUGUAUAAUGUUUAUUGCAUAAAAAAUACCAUGUGAUCAUUCAGUGUAAGGAUAUUACUUUCAGUGGAGGUUAUUUACUUGUCAUCUAAUGUGAUUGUAGGACGAGGAGCUUAAAGGUUCGACUUAACGCUGCAGGGCUUGAUCAGUCUAUCGCGCAAGCAAGAGUGAGAAGCUCCGAUGUUUAACGCAGAAGUUAUCGCAACAAUUUUUAGGUUAUUGAAGUUUUUUUGUUGUUCUACUAUUUUGCAAAAACAACAAACGUGUUGUUGUGAUAAGAAUUACCUAAACGGAUCUAUUUUGACCCACAAUUGCGCAUCUUGCAUUUGUCCAGUGAGUCUCUAUUUGCCUUUACCAUAUAUGGUUUAGAUGUGCUGCUUGUUGGCAUUCUUGUCAAGAACAUACAGGGCGUAUAAGAACAAAACUACCCCACAGGAAACAUGGGGGUCUAGUCUGAAAUUCAACCAAAUGAAGUGUAGUGAUAGGUUUUAUUAAUGUGCAUUGAUAUGUUUGUUUAAUCAUUUUUACCCCACUGAGCACUUUGCGAUAUUGUACAUAGUCUGAAAAAAAUAUUUAAUCAUAGAGAUAUGGUGUAACUGUGUGUGCGCGCAUAUAUUGUUUGAUUACCCUACCAUACGAUUUGUAUUUGUAGUUAACCAAAAGUAUGAUCUUUAGUUCUCCAAGGUUGCAAAAUACUAAGCGAUGUCCUACUUUCUAAGUUGACAUCUGCAGUGAGAAUGUCAAGGCCUAGUGAAUGUAUCUAUCUGACCUUAUUCCCACAACAGGAAUAAAAGUCUUCAGCUCUGUUAUUUGUUAAGCUGUAUGGUUUGUAUAUUUAUUACACUCUGUGGAAUACUUGAUUCUGAUUGGUCAACUGUGGCAUUCUAUGUUGAAAUAUUUUUCUAUAAUGGCCACUAAACUAUAAUUGACCGUAUAAUUUCAUGUCUCCCGUAUAACCCCGCAGACUCUUUCAUUCUCGCAUAAUAAAAUUAUUUCAGUACAAAUCAA